CGCUGUUCAGAUCACAUUCAGAUCAACGUCCGCACACAUCUACAUAUACAUAUUUAUAUAUUUUUACUGUUAUUCGGCGCGUUCAAUAAUGCAUUCCAGUUAUCAGUAUCGACGCCAGUUUGUCAAGUCUCGGCUGCUGCAGCUCCUGGUGCUACUCUUCCUCUCUGCCACCUGUGCCGCACGCCCAGCCACGCCCCAUACCAUCUACUACAACAAUCAGCCGCCAGAUGCGAAUGGCAACUACCAAUUCGAGUUCCAGACCUCCAAUGGCAUCACCAUCAAGGGGGCGGGCAACGAGGCUGGCGCCGUGGGCGUGGUCCAGUACGUAUCCAAGGAGGGCCUGCCCAUUACCUUCACCUAUGUGGCCGACGAGAACGGCUACCAGCCGAGCGGAGAUCAUGCCAUCAAGCACCUGGACCGUCAGCUGGAAUACAUACGCACGCAUCCCUCGGUAGACGAGGUGCAAUCGAGGCGUUGGUAGUGAAUCCUGAACAGACACAUAUAUAUAUAUAUAUUAGAUUUAUAUAUAACGGAUCUACAUAGAUGAAUUGCGCGACUGUCAGCGAGUGAGAUAAGAACGCAUUAUUGUUAAUAUUAUUAUUAUAUUAUCUG